UUGGAAUUUUUGUUUUGGGGUGUUAUGUUAAAUCUCAUCUAAGGUUUGAGAUACAAAGACAAUAUAAUGAUUAAUUGUAGGCUAACUUGAUUGACCUUCAAGAACCGGAUUUACAAACAAAUAUUGAUGUGAGAAUAAUUAUAUUUCAAUUAGUUUUUCUUUUUUCAAAUAAAAAUAUAAUUUUAAGGGGUAAUUUUGUAAUUUGAUUUUAUUGGUGAGAUGUAUUUACAAAUAAGUGAUUUGUAUUUUAUAGGGUAGAAAGUGUAUUAAUGUUUUUAGUGGGUUUGAGUGUUUGAUGGUUAUAUUGUACAGUUAUUCACUUUUUUAUUAAUGGCAUGUUUACUUAGAGGGAAUAGGAAUCAAUAGUAUGGUAUUAAUUUUCAUACAAUUGUUUAUUAAAUUUUACACAAAUUAAGGUUAAAAUAAAAGAAAAGGUUCUCCCUCCAUUUUUUUAGAGAAUACCUUUCCCUUUCUUAAUUUAUUUUAUUUUAAUUCUAAUUUUAUUAAUUAAAAAUGAAAAAAAUAAACAAAUAUGUUUUUUAAAAUUUAUAAACAAAAAAUAAUUAGAUGUUCUAACAAUCACAAUUUUGUAAAAUUAAAGUAUUCCGGUUACCUUUUCUAGUUAUAUAAAUAAAAUAAUAUGUGAUUAUGAUUUUCUUUCCAUUCAGUAUAGUAAAAUAUUGAUUUCAAUUAUUUUCUAUAUUAAACCGAUUCAUUUCUCCCAUUGAUUAUUCUGAUUUCAAUUACAGUUUAAAAAACGCGUCAUAAGAGUAUUAAAGAAUCAAAUUUAAACAAUAAAUACAGAAAUUAAUUAAUAUCUAAUAUAUGACGAUUUUGUUUUUUAAAAUAUAUUUACAAUAUAAAUUAUUAUUAUUUUAUUUUUUCAAGAAAAUUAACAAGUAAUAUAUUACAAAUAUUAAUUCUAAUUAUUCUCCAUUUAUUAUAUUAUAUUUUUUUUAUUAAUUUAUUCCAUACUCUGCUGUAAAUAUAUUCAGUGUUUUCCCCGUUCUUAAAUAAAUUGUCCAUAAACAGGAAAAACACGCAAAAGGUAAAUAAAGAUGAAAGACAUAGAAAAGAAAUCUACAUCCAUUGGGACAAAGCUAUACGAGAUUGACCAAAAUAGAUGGUAAUUAAUUAAACAAAUAAGAAAAUAAAAAAUAAUGGAAAGUGAAGAAAUACUAAUUUCUUUUGGUAUCGAGUCCCCUGCGUCUUUCUCUUAUCCUUGAGACCUGAUCAGAUUUCUCUCCGCAUUCUUAUUUUCUUAGAUGGUUUUGUUUUUGUAUGAAAAUAAUAAUAACACAUUAAAAAUGAUUAUUAUUUAACACAUUAAACAUGAAAAUCACAAAAGAUAAUCUUUCAACAAUUCAUUACUAUUUAGUUGUAAAAUUUUUAUAUUGAUAACUUUGUUUAUGAAUCAAGAGAGAUAAGGGUGCAGUGAGAUUUAUUUAUUUAUUAUUAUUAUUUUUUUUGUGAUAAAGCAAGGAAGAUGGAUUCUUUUGCCAAUAGAGUAGAAGGUGAUGACAAAGAAGUUCUUAAUUGGGCAGCAAUUGAGAGGCUUCCAACAUACGAACGACUAAAACAAGGAAUACUAGACACUUGUACAGUUGAUGUACACCAUCUUAGUAUUCAACAAAAACAGAGUUUGGUUGAGAAACUGGUCAAGGUGCUUGACCAACAUAAUCAAACUUUCUUGGCCAAACUCAAGAAUCGCAUUCACAGUGUUAGAAUUGAGCUACCUACUGUUGAAGUUCGUCUUGAACAUCUCAUUGUUGAGACAAAAAUUUAUGUGGGAAAAGAGCUCUACCUUCAUUCAUUAACUUCACAACGAAUGUCAUUGAGGUAAAAAAAAUU